AUGGAUUAUUAGAAAUAGGUUGAAUAUAUCAAGUUAAAAACUUAGGUUACUGUUUGUGAUGGAAAAGUUUAAAAGUGUGAAGGUUUCAAAAAGAAAGGAAAAUGCCUAAAAAAAAUCAAUUUUCAAAUUCAAUGUACUGAAGAAGGAGAACUUCAAUAUGUUUAUCAAGGUGAAAUCCUUUAGAAGUAUGAUUUAAUUUAAUAAUGAAGAAUUAAAUUUAAUGAUUAACUAACCAAGUCCUAAACAAUAACAAAUUUAGAAAAAAUCUUUCAUCUAUUAUGGGUAGGAGUAUAAGAAAAGAAUUAAUAAAAAGUUGGAUAAUGGAUAGCCAUGUGGAAAGGUGAAAAUUUGUUUGGUUGUGGAGGGUAGUACUCUUCAGAUGGAAGAAAAUAAGGUAUAUGGAAAGAAAUGAUCAAAGAUUUUUAUGAGUAAACAAUUAAAAUUAAUCAUUAGUAAUUCAAAAGCGUUUGAAAUUGGAGAAUAUGUUAAUGGCUAAAGAAAAGGAUAUUGGAAAUGUGUCUAUGAAAAUAAAGAAAUGUAUGAAGUUUUUGAUUAAUUAAUUCAGUGGUGGUGGGGAAUAUAAUUAAUAAGGCGAAAGAAAUGGUAAAUGGAUUGAGUUAGGUGAUGGAUUUUGGAGUGAUUUACAAGUUAUUUAUAUUGGGGAAUAUAAGAAUGGGAAAAAGAUUGGUAAAUGGGAUAUUUUGGUUCGAUAGAAUUGUAAACAACCUUUUCAAAAGAUGUAAAUUUUAUAAACAAACCUCAAUAUUAGUGGUGGUGGAUUAUAUCAUGAAAGAAGUUUUAACAAGAUUGGAAAAUGGAUUGAAUUGAGUGAUGGCUUUAAUUAUGAAUCUUAGGUCACUUAUAAUGGUGAAUAUAAAAUGGGCAAGAAAGUUGGUAGAUGGGAUAUCUUGUUCUCUAGGCAUGAUUGGAAAUAACAUUUUGAAAAGAUGUAACUUUUUUUUAAAAACCUAAUGUUAGUGGGGGGGGAUCAUAUGAUGAAGGUGGUCAAAUUAAGAUUGGUAAAUGGAUUGAAUUAGGUGAUGGGCUAAAAUAUGAUUCUUAAAUUACUCAUCAUAGUGAAUAUAAAAAUGACAAGAAAGUUGGUAGAUGGGAUAUAUUUUUUAGACAUGAUUGGAAAAACUAAUUUGAAAAAAUGUAUAAGUUAAAGUUAACAAAUUUUAGUGGUGGAGGUUAAUACGAUUAAGAAAGUUCUUUAAAGACUGGAAAUUGGAUUGAAAUAAGUGAUGGAUUUUCGUAAUAUUCAUAAGUUAUUUAUACUGGUGAAUAUUAAAACGGUAAAAAAGUUAGUAAAUGGGACAUUUUGUUUAGGGAUAUAUAUAGUUAUUCAAAAUACUAAGAAAUGUAAAAUUAAUAAUUAUCAAUCAAAUUUUUAGUGGUGGUGGAAAAUAUGAUGAAGGAGGUUAAAUGAAGAUUGGGAGAUGGAUAGAAUUGAGUGAUGGUUUUAGGGAUGUAUCUUAAGUAACUUUUGUUGGUGAAUAUAAAAAUGGUGAGAAGGCUGGUAUAUGGGAUAUUAAAUUUGAAGGAAGAUAGUUGUAAAUAAAUUAAUUUAAUUAUUUUUUAAACUCUAGUGGAGGAGGAUCUUUUCAUGAUUCGAUAAAAACUGGUAAGUGGAUUGAGCUAAUUGAUGAAUUUACAUGUUAUUCAUUUGUAACUUAUCAAGGUUAAUAUCAUAAUGGUUAAAAAGUUGGUUAAUGGGAGAUUUACUAUAUGAAAAGUGAUGGGAGUGUUUGCCAAUAAAUGUAAUAUUAAUUUAAAUAAGGACAAUUUAAGUGGGGGUGGAUAAUAUGAUCAAGAAAGUUCUUUAAAGAUUGGGAAAUGGAUUGAGUAAAGUGAUGGAUUUUCGGAAUAUUCAUAAGUCCUUUAUAAAGGUGAAUAUAUAAACGGUCGUAAAAUUGGUAAAUGGGAAAUUGAUUAUAGAGACAAUUCAGAUUAAUCUUUUAUAAAAAUGUAAAAAUUUUGAAUCUAAAAAAUUUUAGAGGAGGAGGUUAAUAUGAUGAAACUAGUUCAACUAAGAUCGGAAGAUGGAUUGAGCUGAAUGAUGGAUUCACCUAUUACUCUUAAGUUAUCUACAAUGGUGAAUAUAUAAAUAGUAAAAAAGUUGGUUAAUGGGAUGCAUUUUAUAGGAAUAUUUAGAGCAAUUCAAUAUUUGAAAAGAUGUAAAAAUUUAUUACAAAUCAUAGCGGUGGUGGAUUAUAUGAUGAAGAUGGUAUAAAUAAGAUUGGGAGAUGGAUUGAAUUGAGCGAUGGAUUUAGGGAUGAUUAGUAAGUUAAGUAUGUAGGUGAUUAUAAAAAUGGAAAGAAAAUUGGAAUGUGGACAAAAAUGGAAAGAAAUUGGUAAAUAUAUCUAUUAUUUAUUUACUAAAUUUUUUCAAAUGAUUAUAAUUAGUUUUAUGCAGAACAUUUAAAAUUGUUAUCUAAUACUUAUAAAACUGCUAAUUGA